CAUCCUGCUACCCACCUCACAGCUCUUUGUGAUGAGUACAAGAACUAGAAGUAACCAUCCAUAUGCGAGAAGACCAAAAUCCUCAUCAUCGAUCGAACAACCAUUGUAUUUGACUAUUGCUGCUGAAAGAAAAAUCAGCAAAGAAAGUGACAAUAUAGUCGAGUGAAGGAAGAAGUCAAUGAUUCAAUGAGCCACUCAUUCCCAGAUAAGGCUUUCCCCAGAUAGCAAGGAGCCUCUUAUGCAGUUGGCCAAGUCAUCCAUCUAUGGUAUGAAAACCAAAAGUAAAACCAGAAGAAGAAAGGAAAGGAAACAAUGAUUUGAAAACUAAAUGGGAGAGUUGAAGAAGCUGCAUCAUAACUGUAUUGACCUGACUCACUGACCAUGACCUCCUGCAGGAAUGCUUGAAUUCGCCAACAAAUGUGGAAAUUAAGGGCUUCUAUUCUACAUGUAAUGUAUUAGACGACUCUUUCAAUUGGUGGAUUGAUCGUAUCCAGUUGAUAAAAUGGAUUUCGUUGACUUGACCUAAAUGCGUGUAGUAUAAGUGUACAACUAUAAUGAAGUGAUGAUAUAUUUUCAUUUCUUAUGAAUAGCAUUAUAUGGAAUGAUAAGAACCAAAGAUACAGCUCAAACGGUCAAACCUCUUAAUUAGAUUGACUUUUUAGCGUCGAUAAAACCUUUUAGUCAGUGAUGUCGAAUCUAGGAAGUGAGUUCGGAACUAUGCACUUGUCAGGAGACCGUUUUAGAGGGUAUGGUUGGUUCUUCUUCUUUAAUACAUGAAUUAAGCACUAGACAUGUUCUGUUGGUAUAAAUGAUAAUUAGUGAUAAUAUUGAUUGAAAAAAAUCUAAUCAAUCUUACUCUUAGAUGAACAUAUUCCUUUGAAAAUAAAUACUCAUCCACCAACCAGCGAUAAUUGGAUUGUUGUUGGUAAAGAGUUGUGAAUAUAAUAGUUUGAUUAUGUAAACUUACGAAUUUUACUAAUAAGCUAACAUCUUCCAAUCUUAUAAAAGAGUGACACUGGAUCUGGAUGAGCGACCUCCUAGUAAAGAAUACAGCCACCCAACUUAUAGCCUCUGGAUGCUUUGUCUGAAAACAAAGGAAACAUUCCCUAAACAAGGAGUAGUGUCUUUAUAAUCUAUAGCUCAAUAAGUGAAGGUUGGCACAUUGAUUCUUCACAGUACCAGUGAAAUGAAAGCGCAACAUCAGCUGCCUAAGCUUGGAAUAUACAGUUUCAUUCAAGUCGUCUGCAACGCGACUAAAUGGAGUAAAAGGACUCCCGUCGUCUUAAAUGAAACCAGCAGCAGAGUGAAGGAAGAGAAGAGACAUGUCCAGUCUCCCUCAAUAUAUCAGAGGGUAAUAAAGCACUUUCUAUUUGUGUAUUCUGAUACCACAUGGCUGGUACAAGCUACAGAUGAUGAAUUUGUUCAUUUGCCAGCUACAGGUUUCAGUGUCUGCUGAGUGCUGAUUAAACUUCAUACCAACUUUACUGCCAAGUAUUGACUAUGUAAAUAGAGGUGAUAAUUGAGGUGCUCAAGUUUCUGUUCUUUGGAGAAAGGAUUUCCACCUCUGCAAAAUUGUGUUCUGAAACAAAUCGCACUCCUGCUGCUACAUGCUCCACUAUGAGUGCUACAAGGCCACUCAAGAACAUUGUGCUGCCAGGCUACAGGUUGCUCCUCCAGACCAUUGUCAACUCUGGCCCUGGGGACGAAACUUACGGCCCAAGAAACAUCCUGGAAGGCAGGGAAGCCGCUCAGACACUCUCCGGCUCAUUCUCGGAGAUCGAUGACAUCGCCCUCGACACCUUAGACGCUCUCUUCGCCGAAACCCAAAUCUCCCCAACCGACAUUGACAUUCUAGUGGCCUAUGUCUCUCUGUUUUCCCCUGAACCUUCUUUGACUUCCAGGGUUGUCAACAGGUACAAGAUGAGGGAACACAUCAAGACGUUCAACAUUUCUGGGAUGGGGGUGCAGUGCGAGAAUUAUGGCAGUGGAUUUAGUGUAGCAGCUGUUCAAGAGCCACAACAAGGCUUUAGCCAUUGUGGUGCAGUUCCGCUCCUGUGGGUUUUCAAUGCUGUUGACCAACAAUGGGAGCGCGAAGGGGAAAGCAGUUAUGAAACUGGACCAAUUGGUGAGAACACAUUUGGGAGCAGAUGAUGAUGCAUACUAGUGGGAGAUGACUAGGGAUUUGGCUGAUGGGAAUUUUUGGGUAGACUUCAUUGAUUCGUACCCUCUUCCUACAAUCAACGUUAGCCCUUUCC